GAGAACUAAUUUAUGAAAAAUUAAUGUAAUUUAUAGUUAACAUUUUUUUUUGUGAACUAAUAAUUGACAUUUGUCUAAUGUUUUUACAUACAGAACAUUGAGCAAGGGAAGAAGUAUAAAAUAGUAUUCUAUGUUAGAUCACUUGGUCCAAUUGAUUUACAAGUUUCAUUUGUCGGGUCUAAUGAUGGUGUGAAAUUGGCUUCAACAAACAUAAAGGCUUCUAGACUCAAAGUUGCAAAGUGGAGUAGGAUGGAGACAAUUAUUGAAGCUAAUGCUACAAAUCAUAAUUCAAGUCUACAAAUAACAACAAGCAAUAGAGGAGUCGUAUGGUUAGAUCAAGUGUCAGCCAUGCCUUUGGAUACAUAUAAGGGUCAUGGUUUUCGAAGUGACCUUUUCCAAAUGGUGGCAAAUCUGAAGCCAAAAUUUUUUAGGUUCCCAGGUGGUUGUUUUGUUGAAGGAAAUUAUCUGAAAAAUGCUUUUAGGUGGAAAGAUAUUGUUGGACCCUGGGAAGAAAGACCUGGCCACUUUAAUGACGUAUGGGGAUAUUGGACUGAUGAUGGAUUUGGUUUUUUUGAGGGACUCCAACUAUCAGAGGAUCUUGGUGCAUUUCCAGUUUGGGUGUUUAACAAUGGUAUUAGCCACAAUGAUCAAGUUAAUACGACUGCAAUUUCACCAUUUGUGCAAGAAGCCCUAGAUGGUAUUGAGUUUGCUAGAGGUUCUCCCACAUCACAAUGGGGUUCUCUUAGAGCUUCCAUGGGACAUCCUGAGCCAUUUGAUUUAAGAUUUGUUGGUGUUGGAAAUGAAGAUUGUGGUAAAUAUAACUAUCUAGGAAACUACUUGAAGUUCUACGAAGCAAUAAAACGUACUUAUCCUGAUAUUCAAAUUAUUUCAAAUUGUGACGGUUCCGAUCAACCACUAAAUCAUCCAGCAGAUCUCUAUGAUUUCCAUAUUUAUGCAAAUUCUAAGGACAUGUUUUCCAAGUACACCAAGUUCGAUAACGCUCCACGAUCCGGUCCAAAGGCAUUUGUUAGUGAGUAUGCUGUUCAAAAGGAAGAUGCCGGUGCUGGAAGCCUUUUGGCAGCUGUGGCUGAAGCUGCAUUCCUUAUUGGACUUGAAAAGAAUAGUGAUAUUGUCCAAAUGGUUGCCUAUGCACCCCUGUUUCUGAACACAAAUGAUAGGAGGUGGAUACCAGAUGCAAUUGUUUUUAACUCUUAUCAAAAUUAUGGAACUCCGAGUUAUUGGCUCCAACAACUCUUUAUUGAUUCUAGUGGAGCAAUCUUACUCAAUUCAACUCUCCAUAAUUCUUCUAGCUCAAUUGUUGCAUCUGCAAUUGAAUAUAAAAACUCUCAAGACGGGAAGAAUUAUUUAAAAGUAAAGGUAGUAAACUUUGGAAAUACCAUCGAAAACAUUGGAAUUUCAAUACACGGUUUAAAUUCAAGUGUUCAACCGUUUGGUUCGUCAAUGACAGUACUUACAUCUCCAAAUAUAAUGGACGAGAAUUCCUUCUCAAAGCCAAAUAAGAUUGUGCCCCAAGGAACUUCACUUGAGAAUGCAAGCAAGGAUAUGAAUGUUGGACUUCUUCCUUAUUCAAUUACAUCAUUUGAUCUGUUAAUUUAAAAUUCUUAUAUGGAAUUUUUAUUAUUUUGGAAGAUUUGUAGAAGGUUUCUCUCUUUUUUUCUUUUAUGUACCGGAAGAAUUUAAUAGAUGAUUAGAUUAUAGCUCAUUAAAUAAUUUAGAUAUUGUAAAAUAUGGUAUUUAGUAUUAAAUA